CCACUGGACCCUUAACACAUCCUCGGGCAUGCCCGGGAGUGUAGGUGUACGUCAGGGGAUGUUUACUUGACUACGUGCAGACGUCAAAGCGCAUACAUCGUAUCCCAGCAUGCAGCAGGAGGCCGUUGAGGGAUCCAGCAGCUGGUAGUGAGUUGCUAGAGCGCCGAGCAGGCAGCAGCCGACGGUCAACACAGCGCACACAUUUCCUGCUCCAUGUGAGAAAACCCGAGCCGUCUACUUUCACAGGCGACUGAAAAUAAUGCUGUUCGGCCGCCUGACGAGUCACCGCGCCGGCUUUUGAGUCACCAUUGUCACCCGGUUUUCAUUUUGGAGGAUUCCUCCCUCCAUCCUCCGGAUCGCACCGAACAGGCAAUGACAACGGUCUCAGCAACCCCGCAGCAGAUGAGGGACCGGCUGCUGCAGGCCAUCGACAGUCACAGCAAUAUAUGCAAUAUGGUGGCUGUACUCGAGGUAAUUUCCUGUCUUGAAAAGUACCCUAUCACCAAAGAAGCGCUUGAGGAAACCCGACUAGGAAAAUUGAUCAAUGACGUAAGGAAGAAGACCAAGGAUGAAGACCUUGCCAAGCGUGCUAAGAAACUCCUAAGGAACUGGCAAAAGUUGAUUGAACCUGGGCCGGCUGUGGCUGCGAGUGCUCCCGGGUCUACCAAUGGCAGUUCUCAUCCCUGCAGAACGGAGCCCUCUCCUCCUGACAUAUCCGUGUCAGGGAAGGGAGUCCCCGAAGUCAAAACCAGAAAUGAUGUUCACAACACAUACUCACCAAAAGCCGAGAAAUCAAGCAGCCGCAAACGCCGAGCGGAGCACCGAGACAGCGGAGUGCACUUACCAGAAAAAAUCUCCAAGAUGUCCUCGUAUGAUAACUCUGUUUCGCCGCCACCCACCAAUGGGAUUGCAGGCAGUCCUGAUGCCCCGCCUGACCAGCAAGUCAUCCCGUCUCCUGACAGAUCGCGGAUAGAGCACCUUGAGAAUGAUAAAAUCAACAGAAUUCCGGUCAACGCCGUCAAGCCUCGUCCCAGCUCCCCUGGAGUGGCCAAACUACCUAGCACUUCCUCUAUGAUCAAGGUUGCUGUGAUGCAGCAACAGGCUAGAUUGGAUGAAGGAGGAGGAGGAGGAGGAGGUGGUGGUGGGGGAGGAGGCGGCGGCGGCGGAGGGGGGGCGUAUUAUCAAGCCAAAAGUCCUCGUGGCCUCACUACCAGCCCAAGGAGCAUGAAGCAAGACACAGUGACCAAGCGCUCUUCAGCAUAUGCACCGAAAGGAACGCCUGUCCCAAGUCCUUCCUCUAGGGAUUCUCCCUUGUCUUUGCCUCAGACUGUUUCCUCCCCAGCCCAAGCAUCAUACGCUGACAAGCUGCCACAUUCUUCUCAUAGGUCUUCAAUGCACUGGGCCAGUUCGUCAGAAAUCCCUUCUCAUUGUCCGCCACAAGACAUAUCUGCAACACUGGAGCCCCUAUCUGUCUCCCCUUCACCCUCUCACCCCCAACACAACUCAGAACUACACAGGCCGAUAUCUGAGGCAGUCCUGUCCGUGUCUGACGACACAGACGGGACGAUGGUCCCCAACUCGGAGCAUAAAAGGAGGAAGUACAGAUCAAGAGACUACUCUGUCAACUUAGAUGGCCAGAAAAUAGAGGACACGACUAAGCCUGUGCGGUUAAAAGAACGCAGACUAACAUUUGACCCAGUCACAGGUCAGAUCAAACCUCUGGUACAUAAAGAACCUUCUCAAACAGAGGACGCUCCCACUCCUGACCCUGCUGAGUCUAGGCAGAGAACUGAAAGCACUGUACAACAGCCAGCUGCCCCGGCCCCAACCCCAACCCCAACUCCAGGUCCAGCACCUACCCAAGCCCCAGGUCCUAGCCCGAACCCUUUCCAUCAAACGAACUGGAAGGAGCUGUCCAGAAACGAAAUCAUCCAGUCCUACUUGAACCUUCAGAGCAAUGUGCUCACUUCCUCGGGGGUCCAGGCCCCUAGUGCACACUUUUUCAUGUCAGAGUAUCUGAAAAGGGAAGAACAGGAGACCAAGGACUCACGGAAGAUACAUGUUCUGCAGACGGACAGCUUAGUAGGGGAUUUACCGGGCGUGAGCCGGGAGGUGACGGGCGAGGACCUGGGCAGGAUACACACACAGCACUGGCCGGGGGUAAACGGUUGUUAUGACACCAAGGGUACCUGGUAUGAUUGGACAGAGUGCAUAUCAUUGGACCCUCACGGGGAUGAAAGCAAAUUGAACAUCCUGCCAUAUGUUUGCCUAGACUGAAGGGUUUGGGGAAGGUUGCAGUCCUUUUCCACUCCUUUCUUUCGUCUCCCACGAGAGACGAGAUACUUUGUGAUUUUGUUUGUCCACUGUGAGUUCGGCAAAAGCCAGGCCUGCUAAACUCCACCCCCCCUUGCCCCACGCCUCUUCCUCUUUCUGUGAUAAUCUAUUGAGAUUUUGGUAUAUAUAAAAAGAAAAAAAGAGUAAAAAAAAAAAAAAUUAUAAGAAUAGUUGAGUUUGUAAUACCAAGGGCUGUUUCUGUUUUAUUUUUCAAACUGAAAGCCACAGGAAUGAUGAGGCCCUAGUUGUAGAGUGCUGCUACGAACACUGAAGGCAAGAAAGAGAUGACAGAAUCAUCCCAGGCGACUGGACGUGGAGUUAUGACGUUAGUUUGUGAUGUUCUGACUCGUGCCUCUAUUUCAGGCUCACUGGGAUAAUUCUGUUUUCUUUUUUUUUUCCCUUUCUUUUUUUUUUUUUACCUUCUGACGAGGAAUUACAAUCUAGGGUUAAAUUUGAGGGGAAGGCUGGGGUUUAGCUGUCCUGUCCUAACCGCCAUGUUGGUGCCCAGGAAGGUGUUGAUAAGAGUUCAUCUAGCACAGGUAGAGCUGAACAUGUCCAGAGUAUGAAUUACUGGAGCAUAUUUGGCAGUUACAAGAAGCUUUAUGUGAGAUAUAAAAGAGUAAAUUAUAAAUUUCUUAACAUGUAUACAUCUAUUUAUUUUGACCAGUUCAUUUAUGGGACGUUCAUCCAAAGACGUUCGGAAAACCUAUAGAUCUGUUUUUUUUUCCUGUCUGCAUCAUACUGUUCAAUGUUAGAGGCAUACAGAUGUUCUAUGUUUGUUUUGUUUUGCAGGGUCUCUCUUUAAGAUGGACCAUUUGGGUCAUAAACAUUCCACAUCACACCCACCCUUCACCCACUUUUCGCUCUCUCCGUCUCAUCGUACAGCUCCUACGCGUUCAUGCCAUUUCAACUCUCAAGAGGAAAUUUAUAGUGUGGCACUAAUUUAGAAAUAAUUCAGCUAAAAUGAUGAAAACUCUUCACCGUGUGCUAAUUCUCCCCGAGCCUGAUAUAUUAAAGAAUGUCAAAUCAGACGGUGCUGAUGUAUAAUUGCAUUUUAGAGACAAAAACAAGGAAAUAUUUGAAUGCUGGGACUUCAUUUUCAAUUCUUUUUAGAUAUUGUUUUGUGAUUUAAUCGCAAUCUUUUUCUCAGUUUAACAUCUUUAACGAAUGUACAAGAUCACAGGAGACCUCUUACAGUUGACAACUUGGUUGUUUGAUUACUGGCUUAAUUCAAGUGUGAAUAGUGACUGACUCUCCCACAUUACAAGUUCAGCAGCUGCUUUUGAGACAUUUAGGACGCUGUUUAAGGCUUUCUUUUGCUUCCAUGUUUAAAUCUAUCAGAGAGAGAGAGAGAAAGCUGUGUGCAUCAGAUAUUUUUGGUAAUUUUCCAUGACAACUAAUACUUAAAUUUGAUUUUUUUUUUUUCCUUUUUAUACUCAUCAGUCACUACCAGUUUUUUCUCACAUGACAAAUUACGAUUGGCUUCUGUGCAGCCUCUCUGUCCAUACAUUCUUUCAGCCAUUCAUCCCUACCAAUGUGCCUUGGUAAAUGGUAAAUCUGGAUUUGCUUCCUCGUUUAAAACAAACAAACAAAAAAAACCCCAACAAAAACACGCCUGUCCGGAGUCGGGUUUUGCGUGCGAGAAUUCCAAAUCCCGUGAUCAAUACGACGCUGGUAUAUGCACCAUUUCUGUUACUUUUUUUUUUUUUUUGUACACUGAUCUAGUGAGGGUGAAGCUGCAGACAAUGAGAAAAACUGCACAACAACACAGCUGGCAAUAAAGGAGAAAAGUGCUACAACUGGUUGAUAAGAAUCUGUUUUGACUGGGGGCAUCUUUAUUUGUUCAGUGUUUAACAUCUCUCAAUUGUUUGAAAAAUAAAAAUGAUCUAAAUCUUCA